AUGGCGAAAAGGGCUAGCGGCCUGGCCUGUCUACGGGCCCAGCCCGAGUGCUGGUCCAGGUGCCGCAGAGAAAGGCUGUGGGAAGAAGAGCGGGGAAAGAGAGGGUCAAGAUGGAAAGAGAGCCCUGUUAAAUCAAUCGAGACAUGUUACGACAAUGGAAGGUACUAUCAGAUCAACCAGCAGUGGGAACGCAUUUACCUGGGGAACACGUUGGUCUGUACCUGCUAUGGUGGAAGCAGAGGGUUUAACUGCGAAAGCAAGCCUGAACCUGAAGAAACUUGCUUUGAUAAAUACACUGGAUCCACUUACCGAGUAGGGGAGACGUACGAGCGCCCCAAGGACUCCAUGAUCUGGGACUGUACUUGCAUUGGAGCUGGACGUGGGAGAAUCAGCUGCACCAUUGCCAGUAUGUAACUAAGAGCCUGUUCCUAGAGC